CGCUAUUCGACCUAUCGAGUUUUAUUUUUAAAAAUAAUAAUGAAAAUAAAAGGGAAAAAACACCUGAAUGGAAGGAUAGCCUUUUAAACAAGUAGAUGUUUCACUUCUGUGAAAGGGCCAGUUAUAAGGGAAAGAAAAGGUGCCUGAUAAACGAGUGGGAAGGAUUUUACAAUGUCACGUCAUCGUAGCUUGUUCUAUCAGUGGUGGUGACUGGUCACGGGUAACUUGGAACAGUCAGGGAAACAAGACUUUCUACUCCUUGUUUACCGCAAUUAUGAUACGGUAACCUCCAAACUCAAAAACAGAUUAUCAAGUCUGUUAGCAGGUCCUGCUCAUUCUUCAGAGGGCGAGUUUGACCAAUGACUUUUGACACGGUCUUCUAUAUUUAAUUUGAGUCCAUGGGUAAACCAGUUUUGUUUUCGUUGUGUAAUCGGCGACAAAAUCAUGUAAUUGACGGGGCCAUAUUUUACAUCCACCUGGUGGGAAGAGAUGUCAAGGUUUCUUGCCAAAUGUGUGGCACGUGAGAGCGGCGAUCGCAAUUAAUCCCUCAAAAUGAAGACCGCUCGUGCUUGGUUCAUUUGUGCAGCCGUUGCUUCUAAUCUGGCUUUCACUACUGGAUUGAUUUUUAGCUUUGGUGUUUUAUUACCUGUGUAUAUGAACUUCUUCAACGAGAACAGGGAAAAGACAGCGUGGAUUGGUUCACUCUCCCUUGCUGCUGCUCAGGGGGCUGGUCCACUGGCUGGUUCUUUAGUUCAUCGCUUUGGCUCUCGUAUGGUUGGCAUGACUGGAUGUAUAGUCUGUGCUCUCAGUUUAACAGCAGCCUCCUUUGCUGACAACCUGCUUCUGUUGUAUGUGUCCUACAGUGUUUUUGGUACUGGUGCAGCUGGUGUAUUCUUGGCAGGCUUUCACAUUGUGCAAAAGAGUUUCGACAAAAGGAGAUCAAUUGCACUUGGAAUCAUCUCAGCCGGUCUAGGUCUUGGAACAAUGGUUCUUAGUCAAGUUCUCCAGGUUCUUGUCAGUGUACUGAACUGGAGGAAUUCCUUGCGAAUUAUGGCGGGUGCUUUGGUGGUCAAUGGUUUAUUAGGACUAUUGUACAAUCUGAAAAGAGACAUUUCAGACACAAGUGUUAGUGAACCAUUAGCUUGUGAAGAGCCUCAACAUAUAGCAACAACAAAACACUUUUCUUUUAAUUUGUCAGUAUGGAAGGUCCCUGGUUUUCUCAAUCUUACUGCUUGCUAUAUUGUUGUUAUGUUUGGACGCUCAAUUGUCUAUGUACAUUUGGUGAAAUACUCAGAAGACUGUGGAGUGCCAUCUGACAAGGCGGCAAGACUUAUUCUUUACUUGGGAAUACAAACUGUUCUCGGACGAUUCGCGUGUGGUUUUCUCUGUUCCUAUAAGCGACUCCACAACUCUUACAUUUAUCAAGGUGUGCUUCUUAUUAUCGGUGUUUCUACCUUGUUAGUGACUUUGGCUAAAAGUUACGGGGCGUUCGUUGCAUACGCUUUAGUAUUUGGUUUCACGGACGGGGCUUGGGCAACCGUGAACAACAUUCAAGCCGUAAGUUGUGUAGAUGAAUCGAGAGCGGCGUCCGCGUUUGGAUUCAUGCUUCUCGCUGGAUCCGUGACAUCAAUGGUUGGGCCUCCAGUAUCAGGUCUUGCCGCUGACAAGUUUGGAUCAUACGAUCCUGCAUUCUACAUGGCCGGCGGUGCCCUGCUAACGGCCUCGUUCAUUCAGUGCGUAUUCUUUUAUCUUAAAUUUGGGAGGGAGACUGGUGCAAAGCAUACAGCUACAGAACAUAUAUGCGACCUCCAAGUGCAGAGUAACUUAAACGAUGUUCAGAUAAACGCGCACACUUUGGAAGCAGUUCACCAGUCGAACGAGGAAAGUCGUUCAUCAUCAGAUCAUUUCCAUCAGAUCAUUUCCACUGUUUAAAAGAUCGAGGAAACCAAAACCUGAAAAAAGAAAAGAAUAUAAAUAUUUAUUUAUUGUUAUCUAAUUUUGUUGGAAUAGUGAGUGAAUUUCAUAGAAGGAAAUUACCAACAUAUCCAUGAUAAUCUCAUUGCAUAAAAAGGGUGCAAAAAAUUCUCAGUUGGUGAAAAGUGUGCGCUCUGUACUCUUACAAUAAUAGAUAAAAAUGAAAAAGAUGAUUAAUGGAUAAAAGAUAUUCCAUA